AUGGCAGAUGCGACACAAUAUGACUUUCUCGGUCUUCGAACCACAUUCCCAGCACCCUUCGUAGCACAUGUAGAGCUAAAUCGCCCGAGGAAAUACAACUCCUUCAAUGACGAUCUCGUAAAAGUCUUCGACCAACUAUCUACAGACGAGAAUGUCAGAUGUAUCCUACUGUCUGGUGUGGGGGAGCAUUUCUCAGCAGGGCUUGACCGGAGUCCUCCUCCAGACCGCUCUCCAAUCCCUCCCCAACCGACGACACAGCCAGACGAAACCUGGAAAGUCCGCCGCCACGUCCACAGCUACCAGAACGGCAUAAACGCAGUCGAGCGGUGCGAGAAGCGUGAGUCGCCAUCCUCUGUAAUUAUCCUCUGCCACGGCGUAGUCUACGGCGCCGCCAUCGACCUCGCCCUCGCCCUCGCCGCCGACAUCCGGCACUUCGACGCAGGCCUUGCCGCAGAUGUCGCAACAUUGACCCGCCUCCUAAAGAUCGGGGUGAGUUACUCGUGGGCGAAGGAGGGGGUGUAUACCGCUCGAGUCUUUGGGGCGGAGGAGGCGGAGAGGGUAGGAUUUGUGAGUAAAGUCGCGGAGAGUAAGGAGAAGUUGGUAGCAGAGGGGCUGGAGCUGGCGAGCUUCAUUGCUGAUAAGUGCCCCGUUGCGGUGAGUAGCAAGGCACUGUUUGAUUUCUCGAGGGAUCGGACGGUGCAGGAUGGGUUGAUGUUUACGGCUGUGUGGAAUGCGGCGAUGUUGCAGAGUGAGGAUCUUACGAGGGCGAUGAUGAGUGGGGCGAAGAAGACGAAGUCGAAGUUUGCGAAGCUGUGA